GGAGGCGGCGUUGUGAACCGCGGUGUGGGGAGCAUUUGGCCGUCCGGAGGAGAGGGGCGCUGGGAGGGCGAGCCGCUCGCGGGAGGGGUAUGGCCUGCGUAGAUCAGAGGGCAGAGAUCUUCCAGCGACCCUACGCUGAGCGCUGGAAAGGGGUCGCCCGCGGGAACCGUCGUGUCUGACCCAAGGCAAAACCUAGACAGCCUUAUCCUCCGGUCUCCAGACCCACUAGGAUCCUUGCCUUGGUCGUGGACCAUGUCCACGGGGUCUGGGGGUUGCUCGGGGGGACUCGGGGCACCCCUCACCCGUCCAAAGGCGGGACUUCCGGUUCUGACCCCCACCUGGGCGGGAUUUCCUGUUUUCUUCCUAGAGAAGUGGGUCUUCCCUGGACCCCCGGGCGAGGUGGGAAGGAGGUCUCUGAGAGGUCGAGGAAAUGCCCAGACGUUCAUCUUUACCCUGGCUACGCCGCGUGGGGGGUGGAGGGGCAUCCUCGAGUUUCUCCCACUUCGGGGCGGGGGGAGGGGCACUGCUAGUUUGACAGGUGGUUGGAAGGGGGCUUCACUAGCAUCCCUCAUUCCUUGGCGGACUUUGCCUCUUUCCUCAUCUCUUCCUAGAGUGAUUUUCUUCAGUUCACCUCCUCAUCUCAUCCUAAGGGGCCAAUUACCUUAGCUCUCCCCUCCCUCUCCUCUGGGGGACAAGUCUCACCUCUCCCUAAUGCUAAGAUCCUCAGUUUGGGGGGCUGGGGAACCCUCCAUUCAUUUCUGAGCUCCUUAGAGGAUACAGGACUUCCUACAGCAGCUGAAAGGGUGGAGUCUCCCCUGGUCUUGGCCACUCUACUUUUGAGAGCCCCCAGGCCUUAGCAGAGAGGUGUGAGUUGCCCUUCUCCUGUUUGCCCAGGCCUCCUUCGUACAGUGGAGGGACCCUCACAGCCACUCAACCCCAUUUCACUCUUUUCAGUCCUGUAACUACUCUAAGAUCUAGGCCAGAGAGUUUAAUCCUGAUGUCCCAGGGAUGUGAGAGCCCCAGGCCUACCACUGCCAGGCUGUGUGACCUUGGGCCAGUCAUUUCCCUGCCCUGAGCCUUGGUUUCCUCCAUCAGCUAGGGGAGACUCUGAGCGCCUCUCAGUUCUGUUGGAUUUUGGAGUCAGGCAGACAGCAGAGUCAGCCUUGCUCUGACCCAUUUAACUUCUGGGCCUUCUGACCAGUACCUGAGGCUCUCUGAGUCUCACUUUCCCCAUCUGGACAUAAACCUUUCCUGAUAAGGAAGGCAAGAUGGCAUUUGGGAUUAAGAACAGGCUCUCCUCUCCAGCCCUAUGACCCUAAUCAAAAUACGGAAUCUCCCUGGCCCUCAGUUUGCAACUGUGAAGUGGGGUAAUAACAGUCCCUCCCUCAUAGGGUUGGGGAGAGGUUGGGAUGAGAAUGGUGAUGACCCACUUGCAUCCCUUGCCUGGCCUAUGGGAAGUGCAGUGUGAAUUUGCUAUGGGAUCUGUCAGGAAUGGUUGUGCUCUUGCUGUGUGUGGCUUCCAGCAUGGGCUUUGUACUCCAUGAGCCUUGCUUGUCUCAUUUGUGAGGUAAUAGCUCCCACCUUAGUGGGUCAGGUAGGAAGCGAAAUGACAGGUGUGGGCUCCCUUCACGGAGUCGGUGCUCAGCAAACACUGGCUCAUGUGAUUAUGAGUUGAAAACGGCCGGCGAUUUGAAAUCAAGCUACACAUGAUCCUGGCUGGACUAGAACCUUGCUUGAAUUUCUCCAGUGAUGGAGUGCCCCCCACCUCCCUGAGGAGGCUCCUCGGCUUCUCAGCAGCCCUGGCUCAACCACUCUGGUUUACAGGAAGAAGAAAAAUGAGGCACAGAGAGGGCCAGUGAGUGGUCCAAGGUCACACAGCAGGGCGUGGAUGGCGUCGGGGCGCCCCGAGGAGCUGUGGGAGGCGGUGGUGGGGGCCGCUGAGCGCUUCCGGGCCCGGACAGGCACGGAGCUGGUGCUGCUCACCGCCGCGCCGCCCCCACCACCCCGCCCGGGCCCCUGUGCCUAUGCAGCCCACGGCCGUGGGGCCCUGGCCGAGGCUGCCCGCCGCUGCCUCCACGACAUCGCCCUGGCCCACAGGGCUGCUGCCGCCGCCCGGCCCCCCGUGCCCCCACCAGCACCACAGCCACCCAGCCCUGCGCGGAGCCCACCCCGGCCUACCCUGCCCAGGGAGGAGGACGAGGAAGAGGAGGACGAGCCGACAGAGACUGAGACUUCUGGGGAGCGGCUGGGUGUCAGCGAUAAUGGAGGGCUCUUUGUGAUGGACGAGGAUGCCACACUCCAGGACCUGCCCCCGUUCUGUGAGUCGGACCCUGAGAGCACAGACGAUGGCAGCCUGAGCGAGGAGACCCCUGCUGGCCCCCCAGCCUACUCAGUGCCCCCAGCCUCAGCCCUGCCCACACAGCAGUAUGCCAAGUCCCUGCCCGUGUCCGUGCCCGUCUGGGCCUUCAAGGAGAAGAGAUCAGAAGCACGGUCAUCGGAUGAGGAGAAUGGGCCGCCCUCUUCGCCGGACCUGGACCGCAUCGCGGCGAGCAUGCGCGCGCUGGUGCUGCGGGAGGCCGAGGACACCCAGGUCUUCGGGGACCUGCCGCGGCCACGGCUCAACACCAGCGACUUCCAGAAGCUGAAGCGGAAAUACUGAGGCCCAGGGAUAGCGCUUCCUGGCCCAGCGUCCGCCCCGCCCCACACUACACCCCUGCCCCGCCCCCCGGGGCGGGCCAAUCCGAGUCAGACCCGGGACCGGCCUCUCAGGUCCCCGGGGUCCCAGGAUUGCCCCUUCCCUGCCAAUCCCCGCCGUCCUUCCAGCCCACGACCCCCUCACGCGCUGAGGAGCGGGACCUAUCUCGUUUCCCGAUUGGGUCUGUCGCCGCUUUCUUUGCCCGGAGACAGGUUCUUUCGAUUAAGAGAUUGGCUCGCUCCCAAAUCGGGGCGUGGCUAGUUUAAAGCCCUCACGGGGGGGGUCAACUAUCGUUUUUUUGCCUAGCGACAAGGGCUUUCCUCGCGCGGCAUUGGUUGAAAGAGAACAGCCAGGACACAGGAUUGGGUGGUGGCAAGCCAGUUCGGCCUAGAGAAUGGGCAACUCCUUUCAUUUGAUUGGCUUGAACCCAAAGGGCUUGACCAAUAGCCCGGGAGUCGCCGUCCCAUCCUUCCUGGGUUGUCCCGGCUGAUUGGCUCCAGCCUCCUGAGGGCGUGGCCAAACCUUCCUCCUGUGCCCAGGAUUGGCCUGCGGCCUUAAAUUUACGUUCUUUACACUACAGGGACUGGAAUCGUUUUUGACCAAGUCCUUACUACGUGCCCCUCUGCCCCCUCCCAGGGACGGCCCAAUCCUGUCCCUGCGUCUUGACACCCUCUCAUUGGUUCCAUCCCACAACAGCCUGCCAAUCGUAGUCCGUCCUUGCAGCCAGGACGGCACCAGCUCCCGCCCCUCUCCCCUCACCCCCACAGGUGCCUUAAAGGGCCCUCGUCCACCCAAGGUGGGGGGCAGGGGCCCUCGCUCUCCGGCCCUUGUGUGGGGGAGAGAGUCGUGGGUGGGGAUCGGGAGUUGGGAGGGGUGGUCUGAGAUUAAAGAGUUUUAUCUCUGA